CUCAGGCCCGCGUUGCGCGGCAGCUAAGCGCGGCGCUCGCAGGGCGACCCCACGACUCCGGGCUGCACGCGUGGUGCACAAACACAUCAAAACGUAGCCCGGGGCAGCCCCAGCAACGCCAUGGCGCCGCCGGCGCGCGGCGACUGGCGGACCGGCGGCUUCGACCUGUCCGCCACCCAGCCGGCGUCGCCCGACGAGAAGACCAAUAAGGGAGACGCGCCCAAGGCCGCGUCGAAGCUCCGCGAGCCGCGGCUGCACAUGCGCGGGCUGCUGGCGAAAAGAGGAAGUGCGUUGCUCGACCCGCAGCGCCGCAAGCCCACGAGCGACGCGCGCCUGGUCUUCCGCAGCGCCGAAGAAGUACAACAGGAGGAGGAGAAGCCGGCGCCCUUCGACACGCGAUCACUCACACACGCCAUGACCCGGGACCCCGCGUCGAACACGUGGCGGACGGUGGGGGGAGGCGCCAAGGACCCCGGGGUGCGCGAGCAGGCCGGGUCGCUGCUACGAGCCUUUGAGGUCGCCAUGGACGCCGUCGAGAAGGCUUCCAUAAAUGAAGCGGCCGCGCCAGACGAGCCCGACGGCCAAAAACUAGCAGCAAACAUCCUCGGCGAGAUGAUCGCGGCGAAGCAUGACGUUGCACAGGCGUUUUCCAAGCGGACGUCACUCGAAGCAAGUUUGGACCAAGAGGGCAAGCUCAAUUGGACAAAGGAGCAGAAGGACAUCUCGAGGCUCUGGUGCGAGGCCAAGUGGACCGACGUGCUCUCGCAGAAGCUCGCCGAUCUGCUACAGGAGCAGACGCGCGAGCACGGCGCCCUGUUGCAUAAAUUGCGGCUCAAACGGGCGGCGAUGCUCGACAAGGCUCUGAGGUUGCACUCCGACGCGUUGUGGCGCCACGACCGGGCGUGCGCCUUGAUGGAAAAGAAGGGCGACGCUUUGGUUGAAGCUUCCCGGAAGCACGACGCUUUAGUAGAGGAGAAGAAUGUCGAAAUAGCCGCGUUAAAAGAGAGGAUCGCGGACCUCGAAAGGAAUCGCGACGCGGACCGCACGUUAUUCGAGCGGCAGGCCGAGGCCAAAGUGAAGAGAUCUAGAGACGCUUUGGAAGCGAUGAAGGAGCUGUUUCUGGACAUGGGCAAGGACAAGACGGACCUGGCCAAGAUGGACGCGCGCGACGACGUCCAACGGAUGCGGCGGGAACUCGCGGAGUCGAUGAAGGAGCUCCAGGAGUUGCGAUUGUUGAGGGACGGCGCCCAGAUGGACCGCGCCGAGGUCGCGCGGGCGCGACGGGAACUCAAGGCACAAAGGACAGCCACGGCCGCACACACCCGAGAACUCGACGCGCGCGCGGACCGCGUCAACGAGCUCAUGAUGGCGCGCGCCGAGCUCGAGCACUACGUGACGACGGACCGCCAGAAGCGCGAGGAGGCCAAGACCCUGAAAGGUGGUUCUAGAGAGGAAGGCCAGGUGCUGGAUUUCAAGCCUCCGGACUGCGUCGAGGACGCGGCGCAGGAGGCGUCCCUCCAGAUCGAGCCGUCCCAGGCAUUAUGUGUCCGAUGCCAGCGGUCCAUGGACGCUUUGGAGGAGGAAAAGCGCGGCAAGGCCCACGACCACAAGAAGCGGGUCCGGUGCCUCGGGUACCGGGCGUUACUGCCGCAACUCCCGGCGUCCCUGGAACUGCCGGCGCGGUCCCACGCCUGGGGCCAGGUCUGCAUGCGCACGAUACUCAUAGCCAAGCUGAACCACGACCGCCUCCAUCGAGACGAAUCUCUAGUGACGCGGUUCCCGGAGUUCGUCCACGCGUGGUUCUCGUCGCAAGCGGUCGUCGAGCUCACGGACAAGGAGCGCAACAGCAUGGUGGCGCGCGAGCUGGGCAUGGCCCAAAAAGUGGAAGUGAGUGAAGAGAUGGAUCCCGACGAUGUCGACCGGUGGGCGUUCUAUUUUAAGAUCAAGGAGCUCGCGGCGCUAGAUAGCAUCGAAGCCAAGAUGUUCUGGUUGCUGCUGGACGAGACGCACGGCGACGACUACGGGUGCUUUUUUCUCCACUCCUUCCAAGCGCUCGUCGCGUGCUGCGGCAAUACGUUAGGUAAUCAAUUGGGCAUCGCGGCCCGGGGCCUGAGCUACCACCAGACGUGUUUAUUGGCGGCGGAGGCGGACCCCACCCUCAAGAAGAAGGGCGUCCCGGGGACGGACCUGAAGAGGUACGACCGCGCGGACUUGGUGAAGGCCCUGGAUUCGUUGAGCACCAUGGGCGGCGCGGUGUUUGUCUACGUGGCCCAGGCCUACGCCGUGUUGGACGCGGUGCUCGCGGGGCCUUUGCAAAACCGCCUGCCCCUCAUCAGGUCGGCAGUGCGCGGCCUGAGCCAGCCGUGCGCGACCCAAAAACUCGCCUGUUUCGACGACGCGGCCAAGCUGCCCUCUCCGGCAUCUCCGGUCUGGCUGCUCUUCGGGCCGGCGCCGACGGACCCGAAGAAGCUCCCCGAGCACUGCCUCAAGUACAAGGUCGACAAGGAUUCCAUCAAGAGGGGCUGCGACCUCUUCAGCCUCAUCCAGGUCCUGGCGCACGUCUUCAAGGAGGAGCAGGCGACGCGCGCCGCCGCCGUGCGCGUCAUGUUCGGCGCCGUGGCCGACAAAUCCUUUGCGUCAUUAACCGCGGACUCGGAGCGGGCCGUCGCGAAGACGCAGGACAUGCUGGCGCGGGACAAGGAUUUGGCCUACGCGCGGCUCCCGCGGAACCUGACGCUGUCCUUCGACACGUUCGCGUCCAUCACGCGGGCGCUCUGGCCCAAGUGCUCGCAGGUCGAGGCGGCGGCCAUGUACCGCGCGGCCUUCGACCAAGCCCACGGCCGCGUGGACCACGCGGCCUUUGAAAAGGUCAUGGCGCGCCACCGCGUCUUCACGCGCUGCCUCAACCUGCCGCGCUUCGAGGGCUGCGGCUUCGCGAACGCGCUCGCCGACUCGCUGUCGACUUCCCUCACGACGGUCGUCACGCGCCGCCUGCACUUCUCCGAGCCUCUCUUGGAUCGUAUCCGGGCCGCGCUGCCGCAGCCCGCGGCCAAGCGCUUCUCGGAUCUCAUCCAGCACCUCCGGCGCGAGCUCGGGUCGGCGUCGCCGACGCGGGGCGUGCGGGCACUCUGCGCGUACCGCGAGGUUUUGAGGAGGGCCCUCGCGCUGCGGUCGCUCAAAUUAGAGGUCGCGUCGUCAUCCGAGUUCCUCGCGGGCCCCGACCGGUACGCGGGGCUCCGCGCGGACGCGGAACUCGGAAGGCUGGAGGAGGCGCUCCGGGCGCACGACAUUGUGGGAGAGGGCGACGGCACCGGCGCGUCUCCCGCGGACAUCGCGGCGCGCCUCGCCCUGUCCGAGAAGUUCCUGCGGUUCCGCCAGUCGGUCGCCGUGCGGAAGAUCCAGGCGACGCUGCGCGCCCGCGCGGAGCGGAGCCUCGGGCCGCCGCCGGCUGUAUUAAAUGCGAUGCGGCGCCUCGCGGGCCGCGGCCGGGGCGGCGUCCACCGCCGGGCCGUGACGCGCGACGCCGCCUGGACCGGCGCGCGCGUCGCGCAGAUCUACGACUGGGUCCGCGACGCUGAUGGAGAGGCGCCCUUCGGCGACGUCGUGUACCGCUACUGUCUGGACGCGUGGGGCGCGCCCUCGCUCGCGGACCGCGCGGCGCACGACCUCUACUACAACGUAAGAAGGCACGCGCCGACGUCGCGGCGGUGCCUGUUGUUCGCGGCCUUCUCCGGUAUUGACAAUGACCCGAUCUCGAAGAUGGGCCACCGCGUGGGGUCCUCGCGGCUCCUGUUCGAGGCGGCGACGGCCCCCGCGGCGCGACGCUUCUUCUUCCACUGCGUGGACUUGUUGCGGGACGACGGGCUGGCGUUCCCGUCGGACGACGAGGAGCGGUGGCUCGUUCCAAAAGCCGCGGUGGAGGGCGCGGCCCGCGCCGCGUUCAACCGGGACGCGGCGCCGUGCUACGCGCCGCCGGCGACGGACCCGCCCCGGAAGGGCCGGAUCGAGGCCGCCAAGGCCUUCGACGAUUUGCUGUUCCGGCUGCGGGACCUGGCGAUUGAUGAAGACGGCCGCGUCGACGCGGACGCCGUCCUCUGGCUGCUGCUCCAGCACUGGCGCGAGCUUGUCCUGGACGGCCGCGAGCUGAGCUCGACGAAGGCCAUCGCCGCGAUGUUGAAUGGUGUCGCCUCCUACAAUAACCAGGAGAUGGUCGAGGAGGCGGAGGAGGUCGCGCGGAAGGCGCUGCUCUCGCUGGACCACUUCGUCGCGCUGCGCCGGAGGUUGGGUUUGUGGGGCCUGGUUUAUGAUGAGGCGGCCGACGUCGCUUCGUAUCACGCGGCCGUGGCCCACGUCGAGCGGACGCCCGCGCCGUCGCCGGUGAAGGCCGUGAUGCUCGGGCUGCGGCGCUAUCAUAUCAGAACGCUGCGCGGCGCGGCGCCGCGUAGCGCCGAGGACGGCGCGCGCGCGCGGCGCGCGGUCGCGGCGAACUGGGCGCAGUACGAGGCCGUCGUGCGCGACCACGUGACGCAGAUCACCAAGGCCAUGAAGAAGGCGGACGCGGUGCACAGCGGCGUCCCUCUGUUUUGUGAUUCCUCUCUCGACGCCGUCCGACGCGCAGGUGCGGCGGCGCGAGGCCCUGAAAAAGAAGGAGACGUCGCAGGACGACCUCGAGCCCGACCCGGCGCGCGAGCGGAUCCAGAACCUCAAGGGGCUGCUCGCGAAGCUCGACGCCGCCGUCGACUUGCUGCAGGGCGGGGCGCGCGACCCCGAGGACGACGCGGCGCCCUGGAGCGGCCUGAGCUUCGGCUACGAGGCCUCGGACUUCGUGGACGCGUUCCGGGCCGUGGCGCGCGCGCCGGCGUCGGACGAGGCCCUCGGCCGGGCCGCGCGCGCGGUCGGCCGCGAGGUGCGGUGCCUGCUCGCGCACGUGUACGAGACGCAGGUCGACGCUUGUUCCGAGUCUUCUCCUCCUCCGGAGUUCUUGCGGGACGCUUGGGCGUAAUUUACCUGGCUUUCA